AUGAUCGAUUAAGUAAGCCUAAAAUUAAUUAUAUUAGGUAUGCCCCGAACAAUAUCUAUAAAAUAAUGGUAAAAUUAAGAUUAAAAUAAAACUGAAAAAUUAUGAAUGUUGUUAUUGGGACUCUUUUAAAAAAAGAUAGAAACUGAAAGACUUUAAAUAUUAUUGUCUAAAGAAAAUUUAAGAAAAUCCUGUUUUGAGAUUGAACUCUUAUCAUUAUCUCAUAAAAAUUAGAGAAUAAGAGAAAAUUAUUUCUUUCAGUAUAAACAACAAAGUAUCUAACCUAAUCGAUAUUAUGAUGAAAAUAAUAAAAAGGUAGGGAAAUGGAUAGCUUCAUGUUAGGGGAAGAAUAUAAAGACGUUAGGAGGAUUUCAUUGAUAAUUAAUAUUGUUAAAUUAAUUUAUACUUUAAUGAUUGAAGAAGAUAAGGUUUGUGGAGAGAAUUAAUAUAGAAUUUUUGAAGUAAUGUAAUUAAUUAUUUCAAGAAAAGCUAAAGGAUAUGAAGAAAGAGAAUAUAUCAAUGAUUAGAGAUAAUGGUAUUGGAAGUAUAUAUAUAAGAAAAAAAAUGUAAUUAUUAAAAAUUAAACGUAAUAGUAGUGGAAUAUAUCCUAAUUAAUGCAAAAAGAAUAGAAAAUGGAUAGAAAUAAGGGAUGGGUUUUGGGAUCAUUCAUAAGUCACUUAUGUUGGCAACUAUAGUAAUGGUAAAAAAUUGGUUUAUGGGAUAUUUUAUUUUAAAAGGGAAGUAGCAAUAUAAAGAUGAAAAUAAUAUUAUAUUUAGAAUUCUAAAUUUGAAAGUGGUUUUGGAUCAUACUAAGACAACCUUAAGAUUGGAAUGUAGUUUGAUUUGA